AUGGCCGAUUCAAAAGAAAUACUUGCUGCGUCAGCACCAGCUGCAAAGCCACCUGUUCUCCUGGGAACCAAGGAGCGCUUGCCUGAGUUUCAGCUCGCUGAUAAAGUUGUGCUCGUCUCUGGGGCGGCGAGAGGCCUUGGGUUGACACAGGCUGAGGCAUUACUGGAAGCUGGAGCUAUAGUGUAUGCACUUGACCGCCUUGAAGAACCAGCUGAAGACUUCCAUCGUGUCCAAACACGCGCUACCAAAGAGCUCAACACCGAGUUCCACUACCGGCGCAUCGAUGUCCGCGAUACUGAGGGUCUCGAGAAGAUCGUGCAGGAAAUAGCCGACAAGCAUGGCCAUAUCGACGGUUUGGUUGCUGCAGCUGGCAUCCAGCAGGAAACCCCCGCUCUCGCAUACACAGCCAAGGAUGCAAACACCAUGUUCGAAGUCAACAUCACCGGUGUCUUCAUGACGGCCCAAGCAGUCGCAAAGCAGAUGAUUCGCUUCGGAACUCGCGGAAGUAUUGUCAUGAUUGCCAGUAUGAGUGGGACAAUCGCCAAUAGAGUACGAUUUUUCAGCAUCCCCCCUUUCCCCCCACCCCCACACCUCCGCCUUUAUGGACUUAUCUGUCCAGCCUACAAUGCCAGCAAGGCCGGUGUGAUACAGCUUGCUCGCAACCUUGCAUCCGAAUGGGGCCAAUACGGCAUCCGCGUCAACACCAUCUCUCCAGGCUACAUCGUCACCGCCAUGGUCGAGCAGUUAUUCGUGGAGUACCCCGAACGCAAGACCCAGUGGCCAACCGAGAACAUGUUGGGCCGCCUUAGUGAGCCAUCCGAGUACAGAGGCGCAGCAGUCUUCUUAAUCAGCGAUGCCAGCAGCUUCAUGACAGGAAGCGACCUGAGGAUUGACGGUGGGCAUGCAGCGUGGUAA